AUGGCGAACCUCUCCAAGGCCGAAGUUGACAGUGUGAGAGAGGUGUUUGAAGUGUUUGACUUCUGGGACGGUCAUGACGGAAUGGUGGACGCGAGUCGCGUGCCGGAUCUGCUCCGUUGCACCGGCCUCAGCCCAACCAACGCCUGCUGUCUGAAAAACGGUGCUCUCGCUGAGGCAGGCGAAUACCAGUACACCUUUGAAGAAUUUCUUUCGGUGUAUCAGGCUACCAAGUACGAUAGCGCACCGCCUAACAAAGACAUGUUCAUACAAGUUUUCAAGAGCUACGACCGGGAAUCACAAGGGGUCUUGUCUGCGGCUCAAAUCAGGCACAUUUUGGAAAGUUUCGGAGAGCGCUUGACUGAGGAGGAAUCGGACAAGAUUUUAGAGUUGAUGGGCUGCCAGCAAGGAAAUGUGAAGUACGAGGAGUUUAUCAAUGCUAUACUGGAGGAGUCGGAGUCCGCACUUUCGGAUUAA